UGACGCUUAACAUACGGAAACGGUUUCCCCUGGUCGCGGAUGUUCGUGUUGAUAUCGCGGUUCGAAAGGAAAUUCACUACUUUUGUCCAACUUUUAGCUUCAUAUCGAGUUUUUUUGUGAUAUAUUAGCUGAUAAAGAUGGGGAAGGCAGAUUUUCUUUCCCCAAAGGCGAUAAGCAACCGAAUAAAAUCAAAAGGUUUGCAGAAAUUGAGAUGGUAUUGUCAGAUGUGUCAGAAACAAUGUCGAGAUGAGAAUGGCUUCAAGUGUCACUGUAUGUCCGAGUCCCACCAGAGGCAGCUGCUGCUGGCCUCAGAAAACCCAAACAAGUUCAUGGAUUACUUCUCUGAUGAGUUCAAAAGUGACUUCUUGGAGCUGCUCAGGAGGAGAUUUGGAACCAAGCGAGUUCACAACAACAUCGUCUACAACGAGUACAUCAGCCACCGGGAGCACGUCCACAUGAACUCCACGAAAUGGGAGACGCUCACCGACUUCACCAAGUGGCUCGGCAGGGAGGGUUUGUGUAAAGUGGACGAGACGCCCAAAGGCUGGUACGUCCAGUACAUCGACCGCGACCCGGAGACCAUCCGCCGGCAGGAGGAGCAGGCGAGGAAGAAGAAGCAGGAGCUGGACGACGAGGAGAGGAGCGCCAGGUUCAUCGAGGAGCAGGUCCGCCGAGGCCGCGACGGCAAGGAGGUGGAGGAAGUUCCCGUUUUCACAGAGCUCAAACGCGAGAGUGAAGAAGAAAAAGUUGCCUUCAACCUGGGGGCGUCUUCUUCUGUAGCCGGUCCCUCUAAAUCAAGCUCUGCUCUGGCCGCUAGUGCUCUGAAAGCAGCAGCAGCGUCUUCCUCAGUCAAAAGGAAAGAGCCGUCAUCGAGCUCGGACUCCAGAGGGGAGAAGAAGAAGAAAUCUGCUCUGGAGGAGAUCAUAGAGAUGGAGGAGAAGAAGAAGAAGAAGCAGCAGUCGGUCCGGACAGAUUACUGGCUGCAGCCUAACAUUGUAGUGAAAGUUGUCACCAAGAGACUGGGAGAGAAGUACCACAAGAAGAAAGCCGUCAUCAUGGAGGUGCGGGAUCAAUACACAGCGAUGGUGAAAAUGAUCGACUCUGGAGACAAACUGAAGCUGGAUCAGAAUCACUUGGAGACGGUCAUACCUGCGCCGGGAAAGCGGGUUUUGAUCCUGAACGGUCCGUACAGAGACACGGAGGCCGUGCUGGAGGGGAUCGACGAGAAAAGCUUCAGCGCUACGCUCACACUCGAGACUGGUCAACAGAAGGGGAAGACGGUGGACAUCGCCUACGAGGAUUUCUCCAAACUGGCCUGAACAAACCAAACAAAGCAAAACCACAAACGUCCUGUUCGAUUCAGGGACUCUACUGUGUCAGAGUUAAUAACCCCCCAAAAUGCACCAAUGUACAUACCCCACAAUGCACCUGCUCGAUGAUUUUUUCUUUUUAUUUUGUAUCCAAUAUUGCAGAUGUACAUUUUGUCCAAAUAAAUUUGAAAAAAAUUGGUGUUCUGUGGAAAAUACGUUUUUUUUUUUUUUUUAAAGAAAAGAAACUCUAAAAACAAA